UUUUUUUUUUUUUUUUUUUUUCGAUCACAAAUCACACCUCGACAGCGCCAAAGUUCACUCUGCAAAACCACGACAGCAGCUUCUUUGUUGGUCAUUGCCGUUGUCAUCAUCGUCAUUGCCACCGUUGUCCUUGGAGCUGCAGCGUUGGCGUCGUCGCGUCGUUUUGUGUCGCCGCCGCGGUUUGUCUCGUCGCCAUCAUCAUCAUCAUCAUCAUCAUGUCGAACACGUACCCGUUAGCGGCCUCUGCAGCAGCCGAAGGGCUCGCGUCCAAUGAGCAACACCACCACCAUCAUCAUCAUCAUCAUCACCAUCACCAUCACCCCAACCAGAACCAGAACCAGAACCAGAACCAGCAGCAGCAGGACCACGCUCACCAACCGCCGCCGCAACAGCAGCUGCCACCAGACACGCGGUCCCGACUCAUCGCAUCGCCCGCCCCUGCCGCCCCUUAUGCUGGUGGUGCCGACCACCCCGCCUCCACAACCACCGCGCAGCCCCAUUCCAGCACAAGCACGGCGGGCAGCACAGACCAGCAGACUGCGCAGCAACAGCAGCAGCAGCAGCAGCUCCUUAACGGCAGCAACCCAACAGGCGCAACUUUUGCUGGGGGCGCGCUUGCCGCUCCUCUUGCGUCGCAUCCGCCACCUGCCGCUGCUGGGCUGACUGCGUUUCAUCCAGCUCAAGUGCAGGAUAACGACCGGCUCGCUGCUGGCUCAAGCGGUCUCGCUGCAGCGUCCCAGGACGUUGCCCCCUUUUCCUCGUCUUCGAACGUGUCUGCGGACGGCAGCAGCAGUGGCAACGUGUCACUCCCUCCACGAUUGCCGCAGCAGGACACGAACAGCACGUCCCCGAGCAUGUUCUCGCUGCCUGGGUCUUCCUCGAUGAUGCUGGAUCAAUCUGGUAGCAACCCUUACGCGUUCGCACCUAGCAGCCACGCCCCACCGCCAAUCUUCCCGUAUCCGCCACCCCUCAUGCCCUCUCACAUGCCGUCAAUGCCGUCAAUGCCGCUGUCGCACCCCAUCGGCCAUUAUGCUGCCGUCGAUGGCGGACGCAUGCCUGGGUUUGCGCCCAUGAAUCCAGCAGAUGCACUGCAGCAGCAGCAGCAGCAGCAGCAGCAGCAGCAGCCGCAGCAGCAGCCGCAGCAUCACCAGCACCUCCAGCACCAGCACCAGCAGCAACUUCCAAUGUCCACUGCUGCGGGGUUUUACGGGUGGAAGCCGCAACCCAUGCCCCAGCAACCCAUCCAGCUGCCGCAUCAGAUGCAUCAGCAACUUCAACACAUCGUGCAGCACCCACAGGCCAAGCAUCCACAGUCGCAGCUUCCGCUUCCUCAACAGCUGCAACCGCAGCAGCAGCAGCAGCAGCAGCAGCAGCAGUCAACUUCAUCUCGGAUGUAUUCUUCGUCGCUCGACGAAGCAAUGCAACCACGCCUCCCUGGCGACAUUAAAUCUGCGCAACCCGGUCCGCUGCCUUUGCUUGUGGCCGAGCCUGUGGACGGUGGUGCUGUUGUUUCGGAGGUUUCCGUGUCCAGCUCGGGCUUGCAAAACGGCUCCAUCUCUGCCGCAUUGUCAACCAGCACGAGCAUCAACGGACAACUCACAACGCCUGCACAGCAACAGCAACUGCAGCAACAAGCGCCCAAUUCACAGCUAGCGUGGUGGUCGAACAAUUCGCUUGCUUCGGGCGCCUCUCCGAUGAACGCUUCGAUGAGUACCGCCAGCUCCACCGUUUCCCAGCGGAGCAGCUUGCUGUCACUAAGUCCGUUUGUUGCCAUGCAAGCAUCGGGUAGCUUUGAUCACUCGCAUAGCUCGCAAGCUUCGCAGAAUUCGGCAUCGCCGCACUAUUCAAUGCUUCCACCUCCGCCCAUGACAGAGGCCGCGCCCGGCGAGGAAAAGGAAGACUCUGAGGAGAGCGACGAAGACGCGGAUGAUUCACGGGUUGACGAUGGGACCACCUUUGUCCGAGCCAAGCGCGUUCAACGCCGUCGGGCCUCGUAUGCUGUCGACCACGAGGAGCACAAGCAGUUUGUCUGUCCUCAUGAAACAUGUGGCAAGUCGUAUUGGAAAAACUCGCACCUCAAAGCGCACAUUCGCAUUCACACUGGCGAGCGACCUUACGCUUGCACCUGGCCCGAUUGCGGGUCGUCCUUUAUGCGCUCCGAUGAGCUUACUCGACACAUGCAAAAGCACAGCGGUGCAAAGCCGUACUUGUGUGCACGGUGCGGACACACCUUCCGGCGGUCCGACCAUCUCGCCAUGCAUUUGCGACGACAUGCGCGUCGGGAGAACAAUCCCAACGUUGUGACGGACGCGUAUCUGCGCAUCUCGUCCGACGCUGCGUUGGAUCAGGACGGCCAUGCUACUCCCAGUGCGACGCUUGCGUCUGGCUCUGCAAGCGAGCUUCCUCACCUGCUGCCCGUCGAAGCUGCAUCCGGAUCCAGCUGA